AUGGCUGCCCUGGUGCUGUCUUUACACGACACGACGAAGGUCUGUUGUAUCUCUAUAUUGACUUUCUUCUCAGUUUGUAUUGAAGCCAAGAGACCGCACAUCGUGUUUAUGGUCGCCGAUGAUUAUGGUUGGAAUGAUGUGGGCUUUCACAACCCCGAUAUGAUCACACCCAAUAUCGACAAGCUGGCAUCCGAGGGAGUUAUACUGAACCAGUCCUAUGUACAGCCUGUAUGUUCACCAUCCCGGAAUUUAUUUAUUUAUGUUUGUUUACAGCAUUUAGUCAUUAAGCAUAAACAGGCGGCAUGUUCGCCAGUUGGUAUACCGUUUCUGCCGGAAUAUCUCAAGAAACUUGGAUAUGCAACACAUAUCAUUGGAAAAUGGCACCUGGGAUUCUGUAAGUGGGAAUGCACCCCAACUUACAGGGGAUUCGACACGUUUUAUGGCUUUUAUAACGGGAGAGAGGAUUACUACAACAGGUCUGUUUUUGGAGGACAUGACUUCAGAGAUGGGGAAGAGCCAAUUCUACCAGACAGGACAAAAUAUUCAACUUACAUCUAUGCUGAACGUGCCAGAGAGGUGAUCUCAAAACACGACAAAGACAAGCCAUUCUAUCUGUAUUUUCCUUUCCAGUCGCCUCAUGAACCGAUAGAGGUACCGACCGCCUAUGAAGACCAAUGUAACCAUAUAAAGAACGAAGGAAGAAGGAAAUAUUGUGGUAUGGUGAAGGCUCUGGACGACCUGGUAGGAGAUGUGACGGCCGCCUUGAAGGAUAACGGAAUGUAUGAUGACACACUCCUCAUCUUCACUUCCGACAAUGGCGGCUCGCAUCUAUUUCAUGCCAGCAAUUACCCCCUUCGUGGCGCUAAAGUUACCGUGUACGAGGGAGGAACGAGAGCUGUGGCUUUGAUUUCUGGGGCUGGACUAGAAAAGACAGGAUACACAUACGACGGAAUGAUACAUGCCGUUGAUUGGAUGCCCACGAUUCUAUCAGCAGCCGGUGGAAAGCCAGAAACGUGUAUUGACGGUAUUGACCAGUGGGAGAACCUACGGCGUGGGUGUCCUUCAAAGAGGACUGAGUUUAUCUACAAUCUGGACGAUAGUAGCCUACCAAUCACCGGACAUGCCGCCAUUAGAGUCGGUGACUAUAAGCUAAUAGAAGGAUACCCGGGGCCGUAUCCGGAUUGGUACGAACCGGAAACAGAAAACUCAGAUAUUUAUAAAAGGGAGCGAGAACACUUUCAGAAAAAUGGAGAAAUUGAAACAAAUGAACAAGCAAGUUGUUAUAAAAGACAACUUUUCAACAUAAAAGAUGAUCCGUAUGAGCGUCACGACAUUUCGCUCACCCACACGAGUUUAGCGGACGCAUUAAGUAAGAGGCUAGCAGAAUACCAUACACAGAUGGUAUCUGCCAAUUUCCCAGACGACAGCGAGGCAAGUGAUCCUCAACUGCACGGUGGAUUCUGGUCCCCUGGAUGGUGUUGA